UAGUCACAAGCAGGGGCGGAUUGACCCAUUGGAAACUCGGGCACUGCCCAAGGGCCCGGGGUCAGUAGGGGGCCCCAUGAGAUGCCCCUGGUACCUUUUUCAUAGGCUUUUUUCAGUUUGGGCAAGGACACAGGGGCCCCAUGAUCCCCUAUUGCCCGGGGGCCCCAUGAGUUGUCAGUCCGCCCCUGGUCACAAGUUUUAAGAUCCAGGGCUUUCCCAGAAUCCCAUGGUUCCUACAGAAGUGGGUUGAGAAGAAUAGCAGAAAUGGAAGCGGAGGGCAAG